CCGGUCGAGCCAGUCGCUAGCUUCCAGUCCAACUAACAUGCUGUGCCGAUAAUGCAUCGGCUCAGAGAGUUAUCUAUCUAUUUGACUAAGCACUUUGUUUCCAUUUUGCAAACAGUGUGGUGAUAACUUAUCUAUUCGUAUUGGUUGAUGUUGUAUGGCAGUGGAUGCACGCUCCGUCGACCGAUACGAUACUGUGAUGUGAUCUCGUGUUUGUGAUACCGAAAUACUGUGAUAAAUACCAUCUAGCAUUGUGACGAUGACUGAAAGUAUAGCUGAUCUUCACGAGUUGGAAAAAUUGAGUCCAAAGGGGACAGGAGAGAACAAGGCGCUGCCAAACGACACACCACAGAGAUGGCGGAUAAUCCUGGAACCAGCCUUGGUGGGAGCCAUGAUGGCCAUCAACCUUGGCCAGACUUCGCUGCAGAAUUUCUACCUGCGAACUGCGUGCACAGUAGACUUGAAUUAUUCGCGAGAGAUCUGCUACAGAGGUGUUGGGGAAGAAUUUCGUGAAGCUGAGGCAGACAGUCAAAUGUUGGUAUCGAGUGUGAACGUGAGCAGAAGUUUCAUUGGCAGUCUUCUUUCCACUAUCGUUCUCCUCUUCGUGGGUCCGUGGAGCGACUGCAGCGGUCGUCGGAAACCACUGCUCAUCAUGCCACUGGUUGGAAUGUGCAUCAUGACAACGGGAGUACUCCUCAUGCUAAUAUUUCCUGGUGCUUCCACCAUACAAGUGCUGUACGUUGUACAGAUACCCAUAUCGUUGGGAGGGAAUUUUGGACUACUACUAGCUGCUGCUUUCAGCCAUAUUGGAGAUGUGUGCCACGCGACAGGUCGUGACGUGACCCGGACAAUGGGCACCCACCGCGCCGCCAUCCAGAUAGCCCACGUGGUGGGCGCAGUCGGCGGGCCCUUGCUCUACCGCUACCUCGGAUUCUACGGUGUGUUUCCCCUUGUUUUAUUACUACAGUUCUCUUCCCUAAUGUACGUGAUCUUCGUCAUGAAAGACGUCAACGUGAACCGGGAGAAUAGAGUAUCCGCUUGGAACUGGCGGCUGCCUUUCAACGCGGUACAAUGUUUGCUUAGGAAUCGAGACGGAAACAAGCGCAAGAUAAUCCUAUUGAUGCUCGUUGUUGCUCUUGGAGACAGAGUUCUGUUAUCAGCCGAAGUCUUGAUCGCGUACAUGUACUACAGAUACAAAUUCCACUGGGACGACGUGAUGUUCGGAUCCUUCCUCGCCUACAGAAAUAUCAUCAGUUUUACCGGCACACUUCUAAUUUUAUCCGUGCUGAAGCGGCGACUCAGACUGACGGAUGAAACUGUCGGGAUGCUGAGCUGUAUGUCGUACGUUCUGUCAGCGUCGGGUCUCAUUGCAGCCAGAAAUACCAUCUGCGUGUUUUUACUUGGUAUAAUAUCCCAAGGAUCUCAAGUUGUGCAAAGGCCGUUAAUUAACAAACAAAUUUUACCCACCGAACAAGGUAAGAUAUACAGCGUCAUGGGUGCGUUGGAGUCAGCUACACAAACUAUGUCUUCACCCUUAUACUCUCUGUUGUACAGCAAGACGGUUUUGUCGAUGCCUGAUGCAUGGCUCCUGCCUGGAAUAACUCUAGCCGUGUUUCAACUCCUUGCCUAUUUAAUAACAAGAAGUCUGGGAAAUAAAAAUACUCAUGCUAAAGAAAAUCCAAUCAAAAGUAACCCAGAUGCUGAAAACAUAAAGGAUGUAAAUCAGAGUAACGAUGUAAAAAGUGAAGUGAAUUCGAAUAAUCAUUUAGAUGAUAGUAAACCUGUCAAAACUAAAACUUAGUGUAGUGCACGCUUUUUGUAACAUUUAUUUGUUUUGAUAAAAUAUUACAUUUUUUUUUUAUAAAAGUUGU